AUGGACACCGAGUCCCAGUACUCCGGCUACUCCUACAAGUCUGGCCACUCCCGCAGCUCCCGCAAGCACAGGGACCGCCGGGACCGACACCGCUCUAAGAGCCGCGACGGGAGCCGGGCGGACAAGUCGGUGACGAUCCAGGCUCCGGGGGAGCCUCUGCUGGACAAUGAGUCCACGAGAGGGGAUGAGCGGGACGACAACUGGGGGGAGACGACCACGGUGGUGACGGGCACCUCGGAGCACAGCAUCUCGCACGAUGACCUCACGCGCAUCGCCAAGGACAUGGAAGACAGCGUCCCACUGGACUGCUCCCGGCACCUGGGUGUGGCGGCGGGGGCUACGCUGGCCCUGCUCUCUUUCCUCACGCCUCUGGCUUUCCUGCUGCUGCCCCCACUGCUGUGGCGGGAGGAGCUGGAGCCGUGCGGGACGGCCUGCGAAGGCCUCUUCAUCUCCGUGGCCUUCAAGCUGCUCAUCCUGCUGCUGGGCAGCUGGGCCCUGUUCUUCCGCCGGCCCAAGGCCUCUCUGCCCCGCGUCUUCGUGCUGCGCGCCCUGCUCAUGGUGCUUGUCUUCCUGCUCGUCGUGUCCUACUGGCUCUUCUAUGGUGUUCGCAUCCUGGACGCCCGCGAGCGCAGCUACCAGGGCGUGGUGCAGUUUGCCGUGUCCCUGGUGGACGCCCUGCUCUUUGUGCACUAUCUGGCCGUGGUCCUGCUCGAGCUGCGCCAGCUCCAGCCGCAGUUCACGCUCAAGGUCGUGCGCUCCACGGACGGGGCCAGCCGCUUCUACAACGUGGGCCACCUCAGCAUCCAGCGUGUGGCAGUGUGGAUCCUGGAGAAGUAUUACCAUGACUUCCCUGUCUACAACCCUGCCCUCCUCAACCUGCCCAAGUCCGUCCUGGCCAAGAAAGUGUCUGGCUUCAAGGUGUAUUCCCUCGGAGAGGAAAACAGUACCAACAACUCCACGGGUCAGUCCCGAGCUGUGAUCGCAGCGGCGGCCCGCAGGCGGGACAACAGCCACAACGAGUACUACUACGAGGAGGCCGAGCACGAGCGGAGGGUGCGCAAGCGGAGGGCCAGGCUUGUGGUGGCAGUGGAGGAGGCCUUCACUCACAUUAAGCGGCUGCAGGAAGAGGAGCAGAAGAAUCCCAGGGAGGUGAUGGACCCCCGGGAGGCAGCCCAGGCCAUCUUCGCAUCCAUGGCCCGUGCCAUGCAGAAGUACCUUCGCACCACCAAGCAGCAGCCUUACCACACCAUGGAGAGCAUCCUACAGCACCUUGAGUUCUGCAUCACGCACGACAUGACGCCCAAGGCCUUCCUGGAGCGGUACCUGGCAGCUGGACCCACCAUCCAGUAUCACAAGGAGCGCUGGCUGGCCAAGCAGUGGACACUUGUGAGCGAGGAGCCGGUGACCAACGGGCUCAAGGAUGGCAUUGUUUUCCUCUUGAAGCGCCAGGACUUCAGCCUGGUGGUCAGCACCAAGAAGGUCCCAUUCUUCAAACUCUCCGAGGAAUUUGUGGACCCCAAGUCGCACAAGUUUGUCAUGAGGCUGCAGUCUGAGACCUCAGUGUGA